UGUAUCAAAAUUUAUUGUUUUCAACAUGGCAUCAAGCCUGAUGGUAUGAUGCCUAGUGACACUUCCUUUGGAGUGGUGCACGAUACACUCAACACUUUCUUCAGUGAGACAAGAUCCGACAAGCACAUUCCUCAUGAUGUCUUUGUCGAUCUAGAGCCAACCGUCAUCGACGAGGUCAGAGCCGGCACCUACUGCCAGCUCUUUCACCUUGAGGAGCUUAUCUCUGGCAAGGAGGACGCCACAAAAAACUUCGCCAAGGGAUACUACAUCGUCAGCAAAGAGAUCGUCGACCUCUGCCUUGAUCACGUUCGCAAGCUCGCCAACAAUUGUACCAACCUCCAGGGCUUCCUCAUUUUCAACACCAUCGGUUGCGAUACUGGCUCCGAUCUCGUUUCCUUCAUCCUUGAGUGCGGCAAGAAGUCCAAGCUCGACUUCACCAUCUGUCCUUCUCGUCAGGUUUGGACGGCUGUUAUAGAGCCAUACAACAGUGUUCUUUCCAGUCAUGCUUUCCUUAAGCACACUGAUAUUGCUGUACUCUUAGACAAUGAAACCAUCUAUGAUAUUUGUAGGAGUGCCCUUGAUAUCUCAGAACAAAGUCAUUAAAGAGUAACAUGGAAAAGAAAAGGUCUCUGUUUGUGUUUUGGGAGAAAGAGAAAAUGUUGAAUUAGGGAAGGGUUAAUAUACUUACGCAAAUGAAAUGACGUCGUCUGACAAAAUUUAGGCACCAAACCAAAUAUUACGUCGUUUAGGCUUGCCAGCGUGUUGGAAACCUGUCUACAUCAAUUUUUUGAUGGCGU